AUGGUGAAAACAAGGACUGUCGAUUACGACGAGACGGAAGAGCUUAAGAAAAUGUUCGAGGCUUUGAAAGCGAGCCUGGCGGAGAAUAAAAAACGCAAAGGAGAGGAAGAUGCACGGAUUCAGGAAAAAGACAAUCAGAUAUACCUUCAUUUAUUAGAAGAUUUAAAAUCUUCCCAAGUGAGUAAAGGAGAGGUACAAGAAUUUAUUCAGGAAGAAUUUGGAAAAGUGUUUCAGGAAACAAAGGAGGGAUUAGAAAAAGCAGUCGAUGAGAAACUUGUUGGGGUUGAAAAGAAAUUUGAAGAGGAGCUUGAGGAAGAGCUUGAAGGAGUCGACAAGAAAUUUGAAGAGGUUUUCUGGGAACUUCGCAAAGAAUCACCGGACCCGAAAAGGUUUAUUGUGGAAAAAUGCAAAUCGGAAAAGACAUAUUCCCCUUCUAGCAGUAGUUUUAUUAAAACUCCAACUUUUGAUGGCGAAUCUUCAUGGUCAAUUUAUCGCAGACAAUUUGAAGCCGCUGCGGAAAAUAAUAGAUGGAGAAAUGAGAAGAAAACAACAGCUCUUAUACUGGCACUACGAGGAAAGGCUUCCGAAAUUCUGCAAAAUAUUUCAGUGAAUAGGCAGAAGGAUUAUGAAGCACUCGUAUCAGCUUUGGAGGUCAGAUAUGGCAGUGAGCACCUUCAACAAGUCUACCAAGCUCAACUGAAGGUGAGAACUCAAGGUCCAUCAGAAAGUUUGCAAGAGUUUGGAGCUGAAGUCGAAAGGUUAGUAAGACUCGCCUACCCAGAAGCACCAGAUACCUUCACCCACUGGAUUAGUGUCCAUAGUGUCAUCGACGGGGUUCGUGACACGGAGCUGCAUCAGUCAUUGAGGAUGAUACGUCAUAAAACAUUGAAUGACGCCAUCAUUUAUGCCCUAGAAUUUGAAGCUGCUAAAAAUGCUUCGCGACAACAAAGAAAAGUUCUAGUGAGGGCAGUCAAUGAAAAUGAAGACGAAGGAAAAUAUCGAGUCAUGGUAGGUCUUGAAAAACUCUUUAAGAAAUAUUUGACGACUGGAACUGCAUCCAAGGCAAGAGGACGGCCUAAAUGCUAUAACUGCGGCAGAGAAGGACAUUUAAGGCGGAACUGUCGAUCACGUCCAACAUCCGACGAAAGAAGAGACUGGCGUUCGAGAUCACCUGAACUGGAGCGUCGUGGUUUGGAAAAACCAAAUUCAGCCUGCGUUAAGAGAUGUACAUUGGCUGCUGCAUCCCAAGCUCCCAGAUAUUCGAUUUCCAUAAUUGGACGCAACAGUAAUAGCUUGGUUGUCGACGGAUUCCUAAAUAAUCAUCAGUGCCUUUUUACCAUCGAUCCUGGAGCAACGAAAUCGAUACUGGAGCAACGAGCUGAAGUGAGACCGAGGUUUGGAAAUUGCAAAAUAGAAACUAAGGUAUUAGUGGCCAACAUUGUCGACGAGUUCAUUCUGGGACUAGACAUCAUGUCCCCCUACGGAUUUGUGGUGGACAUAAGGAACAAACUGUUGAAGGUUGUAAAUGAGAAAAUUUUGCUCGACGUACCCUCGCAGCCUUAUGACAGCGCCAAGGUGGUUGUAUUGGAUGAUUCCAGAUUCUCUCCUAACAUCGAGAAAAUUAUUCAAGCGGAAAUUGCUGUACUUGGCGGCUUGAGUACAGCAUUGAUGGAGCCAUCCAAUGGCUCUGAAUCAGGAAUUAUCGUGGCCAAAUCCCUCGUGAAUGGCAACAACCAGAUCAUUUCAAAGAACUAUGCAAGGCCACCCGAUUCGUCGAGGAAGAGACGUCUUCCCUUCGCAAAGCAAGACGAAGCUGCAUCCAUUAUUAAGGACAUGUUGGAGGAAGGAAUAAUCGAGGAAUCAAACAGCCCCUGGUCGUCACCUGUUGUGUUAGUAACUAAGAAAGAUGGAUUGACAAGAUUUUGCGUAGACUACAGGAGGCUUAAUGAUUUCACCAGAAAGGACUGUUACCCUCUUAUUAGAAUAGAUGAUACCCUGAACGUCUUGGGCGAAUGCAGAUGA